GUGAGAGAGAGGGUGUGUGUUGGGGAGUGUGGGGGGAGACUGUGUGUGCCCGAGUGAGUGUGGCAGCGCACUGUCUCUUUAAGCCGAGCACUCAGGAGCCGGAGCGCUUGUUCAGCACAGCAGCAGCGGCAGCUCCCACUCCGGAGCCAGAGACACCAGCACAGACAGGCUCCCUGUGCCCCCAGCCCAGCUCAGCCGAGACCCGCUCCGGCGCGGCCGCCUCUAGCAGCGGGCGAGCUCCGCGCCAGCCAUGGAUCCGCUUCCCAAAGAAGGGGAGCCUGCCCCGGCGGCGGCCGGGGAGCCCAGCAGGGGCACUGCCUCCUCCAGCGGGGUGGUGGUGCAAGUCCGGGAGAAGAAGGGACCCCUGCGCGCUGCCAUCCCCUACAUGCCGUUCCCCGUGGCGGUCAUCUGCUUGUUCCUCAACACCUUCGUGCCAGGGCUGGGGACAUUCGUGUCUGCCUUCACUGUGCUGUGCGGAGCCCGGACUGACCUCCCUGACAGGCACAUGUGCUGCGUCUUCUGGCUGAACAUCGCCGCGGCGCUGAUUCAGAUUCUGACAGCUAUCGUGAUGGUUGGCUGGAUCAUGAGUAUAUUUUGGGGGAUGGACAUGGUCAUUCUUGCUAUUUCACAAGGCUACAAGGAACAGGGGAUCCCACAGCAGCUGUAAUGGCUGGGACAAGGGUGUUCCAAGGAACGUGGCGAGAGGUUGUGUUUGGCAGCUGUGGGCACAAGGACCUUUCCAUUUCCAUUUUCAUUUUUCUUUUCUUUUGUUUUUUAAACCAAUGCGUGCGUCUGUUCAGCGGAGCGGAGGUGCAGAGCAGCAGAUGGAGACCUUCACUGAUCCCUUUUAGAACCGGCGAUGAGGCAAACAUGACGUGGGUUAGGACUGGCACAGCCAGCACGUCGUGAUGGGCGGCCAAUCCCGAAGAGGGAGGAAAACAUUGGUAGAAUGAGAUGCUGCUGUGGAAGAUGGCACUUCGGCCAGCGGUGAGAAGAGCGGGGAUGCUGCUUUCUCCAGCCGCUGGGUGUGAAGCAGCUGGAGACAUUUGCCCUUCUUGUAGUUCACCAUUAAAGGAGCCCAGCUGUGAACAUCAAGAUGAAGGAGAUAUUUAUAGAUAUAUGUCCAGUAUGUAAAAGCCAAAGCUGAGUGGUACCUUGUUUCCUGAGAGUCCUUUCUUGACUGUUUUGUGAUAACAGGGGCUCAGCUCAGCCUCUCCUGCUGUGUGUGUUUAUGAUGCUCACUGAACCUCUGUCGUUGCAGAUGCUCUGACGUUUUGCUUGUGGCUGCUCUAAAUCAUACUUUACUGGUGACCCAGGCUGUGAAUAUGCCCUACCUGCUUCUACCUGCUGAAAGAAGAGAAAAGACUGGACCUGCCACGAGCCAGCAACAAACUGGUUCUUACAAAGAACUGGGACGCCGUGGUGUGAUGUGUGCUUGUGCGGGGGGUGGGUGGGGUGAGGUUUUGUGCUGUCUAAUGCUUCCGGUUUAAACUGGUAUUUACAGAGACUAAAAUGCCCAUGAAAGAGACUUGUGGAUAAAUAGCACCAUAAUGUGGAAGUUAA